UGUCAGAGACCACCGAAAUUCCCUUUCUUUCUCAUCCUUUCUCUCCGCUCCUACCAUAAACAAUUAAGGAAGGUAAGCCCGUUCGCGCCAUUCUUCCUCUUGGCUCGUCCCGGAUUUACUAAUUCCGCCGAUUCACAGGAUUUUGUAAAUCUCGGAUUUAUCUGGAAUCGGCGUCAUUUUAGGAUUUACGGGAGCUCAGGAUUUAUGGAGGCAUCGCCAUGAACUUUUCUGACCAGUGGCGUUCCCUUUGGCCUGUGGCCGGCGUCCCUCACGCACCUAAUCUUCUCUCCGGCGAUCAAGAUGCCGCCUUCCGUCCUCUAAUCUUCCACCCUUCGCCGCAGCGCCACUUACUCCACGCCUCCUCCUCACUCGCCCUCCCUAUUCCGCCAUCAUUCUCUGCAUCUAUACCCCACGGCAUUCAAACCUUCUUCGGCCGCGGUACCAAUGAGUCAUUUCUCCCCAUUACCGAUCUGUUCAACCUGGCUGCAGACAUCCAAUCCUCGCUCGCUUCAGCUGCCAGCAACUCCCUCGACCCCUUUUCCCGCAACAACCUCCACGCCCUUCCAUGCCACGACGGAUUUUCUCUUAUACUUUUCUUUCCAACUGGGGAUAAUGCUGACGAGAUUGGAUUCCUAUGUCUUCGUUUCGAAGAUGAUAUAUUCAAACCAGAUGUUGUGGUGGAUCCUGGAGGGGAUAUCUUCAAGCAGAGGGAGGGAAUGAAGCACCCUCGACACCGGAUACUCAAGCUGUCUGUUAUUUCUUCUCCGACGGACUGUUCUUCACCAACUGAUAAUUCUAUCAUAGAGGGCUUUCUUCUGGCUACCACGAUGUAUUCUGUGAAUUGGUUUAGGGUUGAAACACAGAACACCGAUGAAGGAAAGAUGAGGCCUUUAUUGAUACCUCUGGCCAAGCAGGGGUUUUUGAGUUGCGUGGUGGAUGCUUGUUGGAGCUCUCAUUUCUUGGAGGAGAGCGCUGUGCUGCUUGAAAGUGGAGAACUUUGCUGGUUUAAUCUUGUUAGUAAAAGAGGUGGUAGUCAUAAGAUUUUAAUUGGGGGCAAUGCUGAUCCUGGGAGGUGGCUAGGAUGCGAAUUUGGCGGGCAGCCGUGGGUUAUUCUUGUUGCUUCUUCUGUUGUUGUUGCUCUGAUAGAUUUGAGGCCAAAGAGGAUAUGUGAAGCACCCAAAGUCUUGGCAAGGGUUAGAUUGCCUGAUUUUCUUGGGGUGAUUUCUAUGGAGGAGGAGAAGGAUGCUUUCCAAGCAUUUUGUAUAGCAAGUUAUAAUGAUUUUCACUUUGCUACAAUGACUGAGAAGUUAUUAUUACUUUUUGAUAUCAGGCAACCAUUAGUUCCUGUAUUGACUUGGGAUCAUGGUCUAGAGCAUCCCACAUAUAUCUCUAUGUUGAGGUUGUCAGAGUUAAGACCUUCUAAGGAGUUCAAAUGUGCCAUUGAAUCAAGUUUUGUGAUUUUGGUUGGUUCAUUUUGGAAAAAUGAGUUUAGGCUUUUUUGCUACGGGUCUAAUGACAAAGGAGCUUUUGGAAGUUCAUUUUUUGCACGGGAGCUUCCGUCGUCACUUUCGUUGUCAGGUAAACAAUUGAGUUCUAGCGAUGAUCUUCUCAGAGAGAUGAUUUUGAUGGAGAAACAUCCUAAUCAAGAGAUUUUAUUGAGAAAUAAUGGAGUUGCUGGUUUUUAUAUAGUGCCACCAAAUGAUCUCUUGAAAUGCAGAUCAGAAACUGAUGGUUUUAUUUUAGUUAGACUUAUGUUAUCAGGUAAAUUAGAGAUUCAGAAAUAUCAUUCUGAUUGUCGUUCACAAAAUGAAAUUACUAUAGAGCAAGGAGUAGAUUUUCAGGAAGUUGAAGAUUUUACUAUAGUCAACAAUCAUCAAGCCAGCAUGGUGUCUAGCAAAUUUCCUUUCUUAAAACUAUGCUCUCUCUCAAACCAUUUGAAUCAAAGCCAAUCCACUAUGUUGACCAAGAGUUAUUUGGAAUUGAAUGACAAAGGAGGUGGAUACAAAAUAAAACCAAAUGAUGAAAAAUUCAUGGAAAAUCCUGAAUUUUUUGAUGUUGGUUCGGUGAAAUUGGACUUUGAGCCAUUAGAUGUUUUGUUGCAGCCAAGUGAACAAAGUUUUCUUAAGUCAUUAAAUAGGCAAGCUUCCAAAUGGUUGGAAAACAAUAAGUCUUAUCAAUCUGUUAUAUUCACCUUGUCGAUGCCUGAUGAUUCUGAGAGUUAAUCCUUGACAUGUACUUCAUUGCUGAAAUCACAGCUAGUUUCAGUGAUCAUCACUCACACAAUUUAAACCUUCUCUGAAAGACGAAUUGAUCCUCAGAGGGCCCUUCCAUAGGAAGAAUGGUUUGCUGAUACAGCAAUGGCUGCAAUAAACAAGCUUUUGCUUGGAACCUUAGCUUCCAAGUGAUCGGAAGUAGAGCAUGAUGAGCCUAUGAUUCUCCAUGAUGUAUUUACAAUAUGGAGAAGAUGCUUUCAACCCCGUCAUCAACCAUAGAACCGUCGAAGUCUUUUUCUUCUGCUAACAUUGGGGAAACUGAUAUCCCAGUUUUCUGCUCUGAUCCUGAGACCUGAGUUCUGGUAGGUCCAUGGUUAAGGAGAACAUAACUUAUCUACACUGAAAUGAGGAGGACAACGACUUCAAAUUAAGAAUAAAGGAGUAAACACAAUAAGAUGUUUACAGAGAUAAGAACCAUAGCUUCCUAUUAUACUAAAAUUGAGAGAGGAGAAAAAAAUGAUUAGCUAAGAGAAAGAUAAUACUUGCCGCCCUAGGUUAGAGGAGGAGUUGUAGUCAAUGAUUUUGAUCAAGGUAAAGGAAGGAGUCAAGGCUGGUUCAUCUGUUGGCGAUUGUCGAAGAGUAACAGUGAAGGAAGGAGGGAGGUUGGCGGCUAGGGCUUUGUGAGAGUGAAGGAUAAAGGCUCAACGGGUGAGGAUUCAAUGACUGGAGUGCGAGGCGACCUAUAAUGCCCCACCCUUUCUCAAUAAGGUGGGAAGAGGCAACAAGGAGAAGCGGGAAACAGCGCGGACAGCUAGGGCAAAU